UUUUGCGCGAUUUUUCAUUAUAAAAAUCAGUAGUUAAUUGGCAAUCGAAGGGUGCGGAAAAAUUAAAAAGCGUGUAUAAGCUUGAAGUAAUCAACAUAAUACCGUUAUUUUUCCGUUUAAUGAAACAUUAGCAAUUUUAUGGAUUUUUUCCAAUUAUUAGUAUUUACACGCAUACCUAUACAUAUAUAUUAUAUAAAUAUAUAAAAAGGAUAAUAAAUUUUGCCUGACUUUAUAAAGAAAAAAAAAAAACAAACAAAAAAAUAGUUCAUUUUGUAUAAGAAAAGUGCGAGUGACAAUUUUCAUGUUUUAUUUUUUUAUUUUAAAUAAAUAAAGUUAAUAAAAUAAGUAGAUAUAUUAAUAUAAUUUAAUUAAAAAAUUUUAAAGAAAAAAAAAAUAAUAGUUGUAAAUAAAAACAAAAUCAAUAUAAACUAUUUAUUUAAGAACUUAUUACAAAAUACUCAAAAUUUUAUGUGAAAAUCCUUUCUGCUGGUUUCUUCUCAAAAAGCAAUCGAAUAAAAUAAUUUUUAGAUAAAAACAACAACAAAAAAGAAAAUAUUUAUUAUACAAAAAUGUCGUGGAGAUAUGCGGUUUCAGCACCAUCUUAUAAUUCAGCAAUAAAUGGAAAUUAUGGUAACUAUGCUAGUUAUCGUGACAAAAAUGGCGGUAGAAGUUCUUCCUCUUCGUAUUACAGUAUGCCCCGCUAUAGUUCUGAAAGAGUUUAUGUGAGGCCUUCUAGAAUGGAAGUAUCAGAUAAGACUACUGGACAUCAUUUGCAAAGAAUUUUACAUUAUUCAGUAGCACCAUGUCGUCCUUUGCCUGGUUCACGUCCUUCUGAAUGUGCCAUACAUGGCGUUGACUGUGAUGAAGUCUAUCCAGGAAUCUAUAUAGGAGAUGCGGAUUCCGCCAGAAAUAAAGUUUUUCUUCGAAUCAUGGGUAUAACACAUAUACUUAAUACAGCUGAAGGAUCUAGGUAUGGUCAAGUUGACACAGGACAUAUUUUUUACCGUGAUAUGCCAAAUAUAAGAUAUAUGGGCUUCCCAAUGUUAGAUCAACCAACGACUGACAUUUCGAGAUAUUUUUACAUUGCAUCUAAAUUUAUAGAAAACGCCAUAAGUAGUGGAGGCAAGGUAUUAGUUCAUUGUUUAGUGGGAAUGUCCAGAUCUGCAACAUGUGUUUUAGCACAUUUAAUGAUAUCGAAAAAAAUGACUGCAGUUGAAGCAAUAAGAACAGUUCGUAUGCGUCGAGAUAUACGCCCAAAUGAUGGUUUUUUACAACAAUUAGCCGAUUUAGAUAAUGAAUUGAAACGGGAACAAACCUACUCAUCCUACUAACCUAAAUUAAUUUUUGAUUCACCUUUUCAUAUUUUUUUUGCAUUAAUUUUUAACAUGUAUUAAAGAGUUUAACAUAUUUGUUGUUUAGUUUUUUUUUUUUUUAAUUAUUAUAAAUGGUGAUUGCUAAUUAAAAAUGUAUGAAUUAAAAUUGAAUUAAAGUUAAUAGAAAAACUAUGGUUCAAUGAUAAGAAAUUACCAUCAUAAAUAAUUGUAAAAACAAUAAAAUAACAACUUUACUAUUAUAAUGGUAGAGGCACAAUGAACUACACCAAAAUAUAAAAAACGUAUCUGAACAAGACUUUAAAAAUUACAACAACCACCUCCAUUUCUUUAAUUUGUUAAAGUUAAGUUUUUCAAACGUGCCAAAAUAGCCAAUCAUACAAUAAUAUGUGAUUCUCACAAGAGUAUGUUCGAACGCGAAAUUUGAAAAGUGUUUACUCUGUUUAUAUAAGUUUAAUAUGCAUUUUAAUUACUCCGAUAUUCAAUAAAUAUUCAAAAUUAGUUCAAUAUAUUAUUACACACACAUACAUGAACACAAGAAAAAUUAAUGAAGAGAAAAAUUGAAAGAGGGCAAGAUUGCCAUUUCAUUACAGAAAAUGAUGCAGACAAUAAAAUAAAAAUUAAAAAAAAAUAUUAUGGAAAUUUUUUAUGGGAUUUUAAAAAAAAAGAGAUCAAAAUCAUAGACCCAUAAAGAAGCACUCUGUUACUCAAUUUUUUACACUAAUUCGUGAAUCUUUUUUACAAGGAUAAUCAAAUGAUAAAUAAAAUGUAAUGAAAAAUUUUUAUAUUGUAUAGGUAUAUAAAUUUUUCUAGUCAAUAUAAUAAUUCUGAAUACAAAGAAAUAGUAACUAUCAUAAUAAUAUUAUGGUUUUCAAAAUAAAUUAUACAAAAUUUAUUUUUGGAAAGGAUUAACUUUAACAUGCUUACAUAAAUAAAAUAAAUUUAAGAACUUAGAAAUAAAAAUUACUUAACACAAAGUAUUAAUACAUCUGCUAUACAUAAUAUAUUUUUCAAAAUUCGAGUAAUUUUAGCUUGCACAAAUAGACGAGCUUCUUUAAUUCAAUUCCAAAAUUUUAUGGCAAUUAUUCUAAUCUUUAAUAUUUGAUUGCAUCAAUAUGUACCCCAUAAUAAUAUAAUAUUUACCUGUUAUACUUGCGCUAUAGAUAAAGUAAAAUCGUAAAGAAAUUUAAAAGUGAAAUAGUUCCUGAAAUAACACAUGUAGGUACAUAUGUAUAUAUGUAUGUACAUAUGCAGCCAUAUAUAUGUAAAAAAAAAUUUCAAAAAUACUCUAAAAAUUAUUGAUUAAUUACCGUCCUUAUUGUAAUAAUACUCAGUUCAUUAGCUUUGGUAUUUCUAUAUUAUAUAAGCCUUCAUUUCUGCUAAAUUUAUAUAAUUGAGUUUAGUCAGAUAUAUAUACAUAUACCAGACGAUGACUAUAAGGUACAAACAUAUAUGUAUGUACAUACAUUUCAGUUCAAAAAGACAAAUACCUUGAAGUUUAAGUUAUCAAAAUGCAAUAAUAUUAAUACAAAUAAUUUAAGAAAGCUGUGUUCUUAAAGGAAGCUUUAAAAUAUUACAUUAUGUAGGUAAAAUAAUAAAAUUUUAAAUAGAAUAAGAAUAAAAGUAUAUUGGACGGAACAUAAAAUUAUGUAUAUCAAGAUCCGAAUAAAUUUAGAACUAUUCAUUUUAAUUUAAACCAUUCUUAGUUUUGCAAACACAGAAUUAUUUACAUUUAAAUUGUAAAGUAAUAUUCAGAUUUUACAUUUUAAAUGAUUAUCGAAAUAUUAAGUUUUUAAAAUACAGAUAUUGCGUACAUACAUAUAUACAUAUACGCAUCGAGGCAUACAUUUGUACUUAGUUAUAAUAAAUGUUGUAAAAUAACUAGGGCUCUUACACUGAAAUGAUGUAAUGACAAAUUAAAAUUAAGGUCAAUUAAUAAAAAUAUUAAUAUAUACAUACAUACAUAUGUAUUUCAAGUCAUUCAACAACUUGAAUGGUUUUAUUAUGUUUGAUGUAAAUUUUCUUUAUCAUUUUAUUUUUUAUAUUUUAGUUUAAAACUAAAUUUUGCUAUUUCAUUAAACUACAAUAUAACAAAAAUAAUUACGCAAAAAAAAAUAAUAUAUUAUAUUUCUGUGCAAAAAUAUAAAUUGAAUUAUUUAUUAUCUUAUCCUGAACACGAAAACUUAUUAAAUGUUUAUCAGUUGCUUUUGUUGCGCCUCUACCAUCUACCUAAAACAAUACUUUUUUCGAGAAUAUACAAAACUAUGUAAAGCACUUAAAAGUACACCCAUAUAUUUUAGACGCAUCACUUAAGGUGAUGAGAUACUAUUCGAAAAUAUUUAUUGAGGUUUUCUUUAAAAAAAUUUAAAGUUAUAAAUUAAUUUUAUUCUUAAAAUUGCGAAAAUUUUGAUAAAAAAAGAUAUCGCUUCAACUUUAGUGAUGCAUCUAAGAAAAUUAUGAAAAAUAGUAUACAAACAUACAUACAUAUGUACAUAUUAUAUAAAAAGUUUUUAGAGCUCUGCAAUAUUGUUGAAAUUGAAUACUUCAAAAUGUUAAUAAAAUAUACAUACAUAUAUAGUAAAUACUUUUUAAAUGUCUUUAUGACCUUCAAACAUUUUUAUCCAAUGCAAAAAGUAACCCAUUAUGGUGCUUUUAUUUCAACAGUUUAUGUAAUGUACAUAAUAUUACAUAACAUAUAAAAUAUGUAAUACUAAAAUCCUAAACGGCUGUAAAAAUUAUACUGCAGUUUCUCCAUUCAAAAUAUAAAAUGGUUUAAAGGAAAGUUCUUUAAUAUAAAAACAAAAAAAAAACAAAGGACAUUUAAUUGAAAUUAUUGAAUAUUUUUAAAUUUAAGUUUCUCAAUUUGAAAAUUUUUAGAUAAAUAAAUUAUAAAAAUAUAUACUCAGAACUACAUUCAAUUUUUUUCUUUCCCGCAUUGGAAAGAUUCAUUUCUUUCCAAAAAAUUGAAGACAAAUUUUUUGCUUUUAUAAUUGCUAUUAUCUAUAAUGUAACGUAUCUCUUCUGUAUAAUAUAUAUAUACAUAUAUACGUACCUACAGUAAUUCCUUUUAUUGUCAAGAUUUUUUAGCAUCAACUACUUAUAUAACGAGUAUUUUUAUUAAUAUAAUUUUAUUAUUUUAUAACAAUUUUUAAGAGAAAAGGAUAUAAAAUUUAUAAAUUACAUAAUAUAAUAUUAGUAAUUAAAUAAAUAAAACGAUAAUUUUGUAUUUUAUAUACAUAAUAUGUAUAAAAGUUUUUGAAUUAAUUAUGCUGCAACUCGAUAAUUUUGUAUCUCAUAAAAAUUUUUUAAAUUAAUUUUAGCUUUAAAUUUUGAAAUUAUAAUAAUAUUAUAAUAAAAUAAAACGAAAACAAAAAAAAAUGUAUAGUUACAAAUUCGCAAAAUAUUUAUACCUAUGUAAAAUUUAAAAAAAAAAAAAAACAACAGUAGCAUACUGAUUAUGAAUAUAGAAUAACAAAUUAUUCUAUAAUAUUAAAUUUUAUUAAAAGUAAUUGAAUUACAGUGAAAUUAACUUAUAUAUUUAAAUUAACUGACAUUUUUGAUAAGUUUUAGGUAUUGUGAAAAAAUGUAAGGAAUAACCUACACCCAAGUAUAAUGUUAGACAAUUCAAAAAUAGGUGAGAAUCUUGCCUUAAGGCGAAGAUUAAUUUGUUUUUAGCAUACAUUUAAAAUAGAGAAUGUACCAUCUACAUAUGGGAUAAAUUU